UAAGGCUCAGAUCUCAUUUCCCUCCACUUGCUUUCCCCCUUCUCUCUCGCGCGCCCUCGGUUUUCGAAGACAAUAUUCAAACUCAAGUUAGUUCGUACUCAUGGGAACUGCUGUUGAUGCUGUGGCUAAGGAUGUUGUUCAGAAGGAUAAGUAAUGCAAUCAAUAGUUACUAUUUAUGGGAGAGUUAGAGGGAGCAAAAGAGAGUUGCUGCAGAAACAUGUUUUCUUGCAGGAAAAAUAUCCAAGAGGAUUAGAACCAAAAAUUAUCCAAGAGGACUAGAAAAGGAUGACAAGGAUUGAGAAUCAGACAAAUGGAAAUUCAAGAAAUAGGAUCAUUCAACUAUUGGACUUAAAAAAAGGAGGCAAAUGGAAGUGUAACUGAGAAGAAGACUGAAGUUGUCUUUGUUUUGGGUGGCCCUGGCAGUGGAAAGGGUACUCAGUGUGCAAAUAUUGUCCAACACUUUGGAUAUACACAUCUUAGUGCUGGAGAUCUUCUUCGAGCAGAAACUAAAUCUGGUUCUGAAAAUGGAACCAUGAUUCAGAACAUGAUAAAUGAGGGAAAAAUUGUCCCUUCAGAGGUAACUAUUAAGCUUCUUCAAAAGGCUAUGGAAGAAAGUGGCAAUGACAAAUUUCUUAUUGAUGGUUUCCCCCGUAAUGAGGAGAACCGUGCGGCGUUCGAAGCUGUUACUAAGAUUGAGCCAGAAUUCGUCCUAUUCUUUGAUUGUCCCGAGGAAGAGAUGGAGCGACGCAUUCUGAGCAGGAAUCAGGGAAGAGCAGAUGAUAAUGUUGAAACAAUAAGGAAGCGAUUCAAGGUUUUUCUGGAGUCCAGUCUCCCUGUGGUUGAGUACUAUGAUGCUAAGGGAAAAGUCCGAAAGAUUGAUGCUGCAAAGCCUGUUGAAGAGGUUUUUGAGGCUGUUAAAAUCAUUUUUACACCAAAGGAGAAGGCUGCUGCUUAAGACACUGCAGAUGGACCACAGAGUUUGUUAGACGUAAUUUCUUACGAGGUAUUGUUGUCAUUCACCGUGUAUUUUGGUAUACUCUAUGGGGCAGGUUUUCAUAGUUUAUACUUCAUACUUUAUGGGGCCAUGGGGGUAUAGUCUAUACGUGGUGUUUUUUUCUCAAUGUUUCAUUUUGGUUACUGUAUUUCCAGAACAAUAUUAAUAAUAAUAUAAUAAUAAUACUCAUAGUGCACCUAUUUGUGUGCUUAUUAUGUUAA